UACAUCAAAACUAUAGUGGUAUUGCUGUUUAAUAAUCCAACACGCUUCGAGUAAAUCUGGUGUACGGCGCACGAGGGCGCGCUGCGCGUUGCAGAUGUGUCGCAGAUUUAAAAAGUCACUGUACUCAUCCAGUACAAAGAGGAAAUGGAGCGGCGCAAAGCAUCAAAUAUUGACUUGUAAACAAGGCAGCGGAAGAGAGGCAAUUGAGUGUCAACUGCUAGUCAAACCGCUCAUGGGAUUUACAUUUCAUGCUAACUGUAACCGAAAGCAUAGAAAGACAUUUUAACAAGCACUUGGUUAUUUUAGGCGAACAACUUAACCGAUGGAGCUGUCAGCAAUCGGCGAGCAAGUGUUUGCAGUGGAGUCAAUCAUAAAGAAAAGAGUUAGAAAGGGACAAGUCGAGUAUUUAUUGAAGUGGAAGGGCUGGCCUCCAAAGUACAGCACAUGGGAGCCAGAGGAGCACAUCCUAGACCCUCGACUGGUUUUAGCCUAUGAGGAGAAAGAACAGAAAGACCGAUCAGUGGGGUGGAAGAAAAGAGGUCCAAAACCUAAACGACUGCUUGUGCAGUCUUGUGUAUGCCCAUAUGCUCUCUCUAAGAGGAACAUUUACACAAUGGAUCUACGCAGCACACACAAAGAUACAGAUAAUUCAUCAGAACAUCUGCCACUAUCACUGACACGGUCAACGUUUGGUGAUAAGCGUUUCCAGUCCACAGAGGAGUGUAUAUAUCAUGACUUAAGCCACCAUAACAGUAAAAAUACAUCUGCAUCUGAGGAAGAAUGGGAUAGAGGGGAAGAAGAAGAUGAUGAUGAUGAGGGUGUUAUGGAGGAGGAGGAUACAAGUCAGGAAGAAGUUAAAACUGGCAGCAGCACUUUAAACAAGCAUGUCAGGACAGGAGGCUGGAGUCCAAGUGCUGAAUCAGAUGCAGUGACUAUGUGUAACUGGAGUCCGGUUUUAGGCCCAGAGGAGGUAACGGUAACAGAUGUCACUAUCAACUCACUAACAGUGACAUUUAGAGAGGCUUUGGUAGCAAGGGGUUUCUUCGGGACAUGGGAUCUGGAGAUCUGAUGUUGCAAAAAGACUGACAGUGGUGAGAGUAAGAGAAACUAAGUUGGUACAUCUUUUAUUGUUUUGCUAUGUUUAUUAUGCCGUUGCAUGACUUCCUCCAGUGUUUCAGACAGCGCUCAUUUGUGCAGCAAAUAACAAGUAUGAAAAGUAUUUUAAUGUCAUAUAUUGUACUACAUUUAUUUGUGCUAAUGGAGCUAUAACCUGCUUUUACGAUUUUUGAUAGCAUCAGUUCAGAUCACAGUACGGUUAUAGCAUGACAAUCAUCAAAGUAAGGGAAGAAUCCUCCCUUGUUUGUCACUGCACAGUUAGGUUCUGCUGUUAGCAUAAUGUGUGUGUGUUUAUGUGUAGAAAACCGCACUUUAUUUUUCCAACACUAUAUAUGGCUAAUAAUGAUUCAUUUCUAACUGUUGCAGGGUCUGUGCAAGCAUUUUUUCUCAUUUGCUUAGGCACUUCCCUUAGUCAUCUUGUGCAUACUUUCACAAAGUGUGACUGCACCAUAUUGCACAGUAGUCUACUACAGUGUUCGAUUUUAGCGUCGUUUAUCGGUGUUAUUUUAGAUUAGGAUAACUGAGGAGAAUUGAAGACAACUUUGUUAUAUUUUUCUAUUUUGACAUGAAUGUAUAUUUAUCUUUAGACAUAUCAGUCUCUGGAGGCUCAGCUGUUUUUUAUGCUACAUGCAGUAGCUGACUUCUUGUGACCUGUAUUAUGGUGUAUGUGCGCCAAAUGUCGUUGCUUUUGCUUUUCUGAAUAUUUGCACUUUAAAUGUAUUAUUAUACCAUAAAUAAAUAUUUGGUGUA